CCUUACGGGUUGCGGGUACAUAUUGGAAAGCCCAAAAUCAUACACAGAAGCAGAAUUUAGGGUGACGAUGUGAUCUCUUGAUUUGAUAAACCCUCAAGCUGGAGCUUAUCUACAUGAGGUCGGAUUUGAGCGUUGGAGUAGAGCACACUUUCCGGGACAUCGAUACAACAUCAUGACAACUAAUAUUGUAAAGUCAUUUAACGCCCUUGUUAGACAUGCACAAGGCCUACCUAUCAUAAUGCUCAUCAAGUUUAUUCGUGGUACCAUACAACAAUGGUUUUACGAGAGGAGAAAUCAUCCAAAUGAAUACCCUAACUUUGUCACCCUUUGGACAGAGGAGAAGAUUAGCAGUCGUCUAUCAAAGUCUGCACGCUUGGAGGUUCGGCCAAUUACACCUAUUCGGUAUCAGGUUGUUGGUUUUGGUGGAUACAUGGGUAUUGUAGACUUUGGUGAAAUGUCUUGUAAGUGUAGAAAGUUUCAGUUUUCACGUAUUCUGUGGAAGCAUGCCACAUGAGACUCACAAAUGUCAAUGCAUGGGUUCAUCCAUUCUUUCGCACUGAAUUCUAUCAUGCAAUAUAUCAGGAACCUAUCAAUUCUCUUGGAAACCAAUCAGAAUGGUUGCACUCACUAGCCGAAAUAGUUAUUCUGCCUCCCGUCCUUGAUAGUCGUCGUUCGAGUCGCCCUUCCAACAAAAAUCGACGUCCUUCACAAGGAGAAAAUGUUAUACUCAGGAUUUGUAGUCGGUCCCAUGAACCAAGACAUGUACGAACCCAAUGUAAAAGCCUAGCACCUAUUCUGAGCUCCGCCCUGCAGUGUUCAUCCAGAAAAGGCAAAGGGUCGAGAUCUUGACAAGAUUAUAUUUAGUUUUGUUAGUUAUAUGAUUCAUCAUUGUUGUACUUCAGUGAUAUGUAAUCGAUGUAUUUUCAUUUUUUUU